UAUUCUAUUUAAGGAGUUAAUAUUUCCCCUGCAUUAAGAAAUGGACUUUUAAAACGGAUAUUGUUUGUUUGGCGUGCGUAGGGAUACAUACGCCUCUGUACAGUUACAGCUAGUGUGGUCGCUACCUGUUAAUUACAGGUAUUGAUAUCUGUAUUACGUGAAAUAUUUACACUAGAUCGAUACCCUUGAAACAAUGCAUUUCUGACCGCACGUUAUUGCCCCCAGAACGGUACCCUGAGAACCAGUAACAGACGCAGGAGCCGGAGUCCUGACUGACAGGUGGUUUAGUAGAACAUUGACUACUAUAAUUCGACUAUAGUCCGACAACGUCAUUGGAUAUUGAUAACGUUUUUGUUUCACGAGGAAGUCAGUCAAAGAAUACACAAACGUGUACAUGUGUGUGUGUUUAAAGAAAGUGACAGCUUUACCUGUUCUGUGUUGAUAUACGGUGGCUACCUGUACACAAUACAAGUCGAGAGAUAUGGGUCCUUAGAGCAUGGAGAUUCGUUGUGGAAACCAGAUGCGUGUUUAUCAAGGAUAAGUUAUUUGAUUGUGAUGGAUAUUGUAUGUAUAUAUAUAUAUAUAUAUAUUGAGUGAUGUUUUACCUGUGAAAACGACGUUACGUUAUGUCGUUGCUGGUGGAGGAUGAGGAGCGCCUGGAGCCGAUCAGAUUGGAGGAGCACGAGUCAGCGGAACAUAAAAAGUUUUAUGACUGCCUGCUUCAGGGUACGAUAGCCGAAAUAAAGGAAUGGAAUAAGGACGAUAUGUACAACACUUACUUCAAGAAUGGCUUGGCGCCAAUACAUGUGACGGCAAUGAGUGGUCGGGACGAUGAGAUGGAGGAAAUCUUGACUAUCCUCCUGAAGGGUGGUGCUGACGUGAACGCCAAAACCAAGUCUGAUCAUAAUAGUGUCCUUCACCUCCUAAUCAAACACAACCAUAUCAGCGUCGCCUUCCCCGGCGUCGUGGCCGCGCUCGACUAUUUCCCUGACGUCCAUUGGCGAAACAGGCAUUUACGUACGGCAUACGACAUUGCUGUGGCCAGGGAGUAUUUUGACAUUGCGUCGUGUGUGGAUGGGACAAUGAUGCCAGCAGACGCUCGGGCUUUGUACGGCAGGUCUGUCGGCGUCAUAUACGGAAAACGACUGAUGGCUGCCAUUUUGAACAACGACGAAGAAGAUGCCAUUCUCAGUGUUAACAAGGGAGCUAACUGUAAUAUACUGAAUGACCAUGGCUGUGCUGCUAUCCACUACGUGUUCACAGUGUACGAACUUCCGCCCAUGCCUCUAGUGACGGCCAUGCACCAGAAGAAGGCUGACCUCAACAUUACUGACUCUGAGGGUGAUACAGCCUUGAACCUGUGUGUAAAGAGUCGGCCAUUGAGGUUGAGUGGACAGAUGAACAACAUUGUCGCUGCUCUCGUCAGAUGGGGCGCCCUUUCCACAUACAAGGACCUAGACGGAAAUGAUGCCCUCGCUCUGGCCACGGAACGGAAUUACAAUGACAUCGUAAGACUUCUUAAAAAAGACAGGGCACAACAUAUAUUGGAAGAGGAAGAGGGCGACAAAGAGGAAGACUUUGACUAUAACAAUAUCCCUUUGACAGAAGAACCGGAAAUUUCAAAAACACCACUGGAGGAUGUGUCACCACACACAAGAAUUAGGAACAAACGACCGGAACUUAUGCAAUCAGUGGAAGCUGGAGCUUUAAAGUCACAAAUCGCAAAUACAGAACCGGAAGUUAUUGAAUCAAUGGAUGCUGGCUCAUCCCAAUCACAAAGAAAGGACAAAGAACAAGUAGUAGAAGAAUCAGCUGGAACUAUGUCUUCAAUAUCAACAAUGGAUAGGCAGGAACCUGAAGUAAUCAAAGACCCAAUGAAAGCUAUGGCAGAACUAUCAACCACUGAGGUACCGAUCGUCAACUUUAAGCAUGCCAUACCCCUGUUCUAGAUUGGUGACGGUCUUCCUGUUUACUUGGACAGUUGUUGCUUCUUUCGGAGCUGCGGUAAUUGCAGUUCAUACAAAACAGCAUGCUACUAUCCUCUUCUGAUGUUAUACGCAUGAGUAUUGUUUUCACACGUUUGUUUAGUUCCUCGUUUCUCGGUUUCUAUCUAUUAUUCUCUAUUAAAAGAGAAUUUCCCUGGAUAUUGCAUGGAUUGUUUCUGAUUGGAUUAAUAUCUUUGCACGGAAAUUUUUAUUUUUUGAUCCCUUGGCGAUGUCCUCGUUCUUGAUAUCUAUAUAAUUUAAUGUUUUUGGAUAUAAAAUAUGUAACUGUUUUCUGUUUCUAUCUCAGUCAUAACUGUUGCCCAUUACUGACCACAGGUCCUUAGUUAUGGUGUACGAAUUACAAUACUUCUCGACCUCUCAUUGUCAAGAAUACUUACAAUGUUGUUUAAGUACAUUUCGACUGAUGUCAGGUACAUAGUACAUAUGAUCAUAACAUAUGAUAACAAUGAAGGAUCCGCACGAGUUGCCUGUCGUUGAAAUCGUGGAGGAAUCAAAAGAGAUAACGCCAAUAACGACCAACGAAAGUUGAGGUACUUGUUUGUUAAUUGGAGACUGCAUGGUGGAUACUAUCAACAUAGUGGCUGGUGGAUGUUAACUUAUUACCGACGUUUUAUUUUAGCUUCACCAUCCAAAGCAUCCUGGUCGUUACAUAUAUUUAUUUCACUUGUAUCACCUCUGCUCCAUACAUCACAUCCAGGUUUUCACGUCCUUUCUUAACAGGAAUUAUAAUUCUCCCGUCACUUCCUACUAAAUAUACAAAUAAUUUUUAAACUGAAAUCAUAGAACUUAAUGACCUUCAUACCUCAUCAUUACCGAUCUUAUAAAGUUCUUGUUUUUCUUUAUGUAGCUUCCUUUUAUUUAGAGAAACUUGUAUCCACGUGAGCUCGUGGUUACCUUCCAUCACAUAGAUCAACUAGUUAGAGUACCAGAGUGAUUGGUGAAGGUUUACUAUUCACAGACAUUGUUUUGUAUAAGUUUCACUAUCCAAAAUACUUCUCGAGGAACCUCACAACCUCCAUACCUCAUAAAUUACCUGACCUCAUAUUAAUUGCCUACUUCUUCACUCACCUUCCUUAAAUCAUAUCGACACAAGCUUACAUUCUCCUUACCUCAUAUUUACUUUACCUCAUAGGAAUUAUACUUGUCUAUUGAAUUCAUAAAGCAUUCUAAAUCACAUUUCUGUUCCUUAUAUAAAUUACUCAGCAUUCAUGAUUAGGAAAGACUAGAUUAUACAUACUAAAUAUAUAUUGUAUUUUGUUACCUUGCCGUUACUUUUUGUGAUGUUGAUUAUAUAUUCCUCUUUUAAUUUAUAUUUGGCGUUUAUUUCAGGUCAGUAGACUGUUAUAUUUCCUUUUCAGAACACGUCAAACGAAAUGCGCGUUUCGUUGCCAUUUUAUUCAAUUUACACUAAUGAUAGAAUUGAAGCUAAUGCUCAAUACCCUGACAAUACGGCAUGGCAAACUGACACAACACACAGAAUCAUACCCAGGUUUAUGACGAACUGACAUAAUACUCGUAAAUACCACAAAUGACUACAUUCAUAAACGUUUACAUGCAACAGACUGGCAAUAUACUCAUUAGCAUAUUCAUUCAUACGGCAGGCUGGCAUUUACUCAUUAGUAUAUUCCUUCAAGCAUAUUGAUACAUAUGUCAUGCUAAACUCAUUAACACAUUCAUACAUACGACUAGCGUACAACACACGCCAAUAUGGUAUGCGGAAAGUAGCAUACUGCAGGAAGACAAAUACAAUCAUAAGCAGGGUAUCAUAUAUGCAAAUAUUAUAUGUGAUAUAUAAAG